AUGAGUCAAGAUAACAAGUUAUACGAUAUGUUGGGUGUCGCCCGUGAUGCCUCUGAAACUGAAAUCAAGAAGGCUUAUCGUAAGUUGGCUAUUAAAUAUCAUCCAGAUAAGAACCAAGAGCCAGGAGCUGUUGAUAAAUUCAAAGAGAUUACAGUAGCUUAUGAAGUUCUCUGUAACCAAGAAAAGAGAGAUAUUUACGACAAAUACGGUGAAGAGGGUCUCAAGGAAGGAGGUCCAGGUUUCUCACCAGAUGACAUUUUCUCACAAUUCUUUGGUGGAGGUGGUUUCUUUGGUGGUGGCGGCGGCGGCAGACCAGGUCAAAGAAGAGGUCCAAGAAAGGGUGAAUCCCUUCAACAUGUUCUCAAGGUUAACCUUGAAGAUUUAUACAAAGGAAAGGUUUCCAAACUUGCUCUUCAAAAGAAUGCCAAGUGUCCAGAUUGUGAUGGUAAGGGAGCAAAGACAGCUGAUGCAGUUAAAAAGUGUGAUGAAUGUAAUGGUGUUGGUAUCAAGAUUGCAUUGAGACAAAUUGGCCCAGGUAUGGUUCAACAAGUUAAACAACACUGCGGUAGUUGCAAGGGUGAGGGUAAGGUUAUCCGUGAAAAGGAUCGUUGCGGUAAAUGCAAGGGUAACAAGACCAUUCUCGAAAAGAAGACAUUGGAAGUCAACAUUGACAGAGGUAUGAAGAACCAACAAAAGAUAGUCUUUGCCGAAGAAGGUGACUUUGAGUCAUCUGACAUUACUCCAGGAGAUGUCAUUGUCGUUUUGCAACAAAAGGAACACGCCAUCUUUACUCGUGAAGGUGAUGAUCUCUUUAUGGAACACAAGAUCACCUUGUUUGAAGCCUUGGCCGGUUUCACAUUCUACAUUACCCAUCUCGAUGGUCGUGUCCUUACCGUCAGCCAACCAGCCGGCAAGGUCAUCACCCCCAACGCCAUCAAGUGCAUCUAUGGCGAGGGUAUGCCCAUUUACAAGCGUACCACUGAAAAGGGUCGUUUGAUUAUCAAAUUCACCGUAGAGUUCCCAGCUGACGGUACCCUCACCCCAGAGAGUGCCAAGUUGCUCGAAAAGAUCCUUCCAAAGCCAAAGGCUCAACCAAAGCCACAAAGCCACGACGGUUACUAUGAUGACUGUGUCUUGGCCGAUUACGAACAAUCCUCACGUCACAACCACGGUGGUCACUCUAGAAGUGAAGCCUACAUGGACGAAGACGAUGAUGAAGAAGGUCACGGUCAUCCACAAGGUGUUUCAUGUCAACAACAAUAA